CGAGCCCCGGCUCUGCGCCUUCCGCACAGCUCCGUGUGCCGCGGCCGAGCUGCUGGCUGCUUCUUGCCGGCCUUGUUUUCACGUAGGCAAGGGGUGCGUGUUCCUGCUCUGUCUGUAAUCCUGUGAGUAACGCCCCUUUCUCCCUCCCUUAGCAUGUCCAAAAUACUGAAAUGUGCAGGAAACGAAGAUAUCAUCACUCUCCGAGCAGAAGACAAUGCGGAUACCUUGGCUCUAGUGUUUGAAGCACCAAAUCAGGAAAAGGUUUCUGAUUAUGAGAUGAAACUAAUGGAUCUUGAUGUGGAGCAGCUUGGAAUUCCAGAACAAGAAUACAGUUGUGUAGUGAAAAUGCCCUCCGCUGAAUUCGCACGCAUCUGUAGAGAUCUCAGCCACAUUGGCGAUGCAGUUGUCAUCUCCUGUGCAAAAGAUGGUGUGAAAUUUUCAGCUAAUGGAGAGCUGGGCAAUGGAAACAUCAAACUGUCGCAGACCAGCAAUGUGGAUAAAGAGGAAGAAGCUGUUACAAUAGAGAUGAAUGAGCCAGUCCAAUUGACCUUUGCUCUGAGGUACUUGAACUUUUUUACCAAAGCCACUCCCCUGUCACCUACAGUAACACUCAGCAUGUCUGCAGAUGUUCCUCUUGUUGUGGAGUACAAGAUUGCUGACAUGGGACACUUAAAAUACUACCUGGCUCCAAAGAUUGAAGACCAACAAGAAGGCUCUUAAUUGGAGUAGGACUGAGGGGGAGAUCUGAG